UAUAAAACAUUAAAUUCGUCCGCACCGGCAGAACACUCGUGCAUGAGACGGCAUCCAUAAAGCAACAGAGGCAGCAGCAGCAGCAGCAGCAGUCGCAGAAACAGCAGACGACGAACCCUUCAGAGUUGGAGUAAAAGAGUGUUUUCAAAGAAAAGUGUUAUCCGGUGUUGCUAGUGCCGACAGACCGUAAGCUCAGGUGUUCAGCGCGAAAGGAAUCACACAAACUACAAAAUGAGAUUAACGCUUCAGCUUUGCUGCGGAAUACUGCUGCUGUGUGUAGUAUCUGGCCAGCAGUACAAGCAGCAAGCGGGUUCGCCUGCCUCCUCCGCAUCGUCCGCCGCCAGCAGCUCGUCCGAUGCGGUCCCUGCCGCGGCAAACAAUGUGGCGUACCGUGCCCGUCCCUACUCGAACCAGUACAGCAGCAGCUCGUCCGAGGAGGAAGAGGACGACCGACCGGUAGCAUCGUACAACAGUGGCCGUCAGCAGCAGCAGGGUGCCACGCUGAAGAAGAGCUUCAAGAAGCCGUCCUACUCGAGCGAAGAGCUGGAGCAGGAGGAGGAACCCGACCGGCUGACGCUGCUGCUGGAAAAGUCGCAGUUCCAGUGUACGGGCCGCACGACCGGCUACUACGCGGACGAGAGCCUCGGCUGCGAGGUGUUCCACUACUGCCAGGAGAACCAGAAGCACUCGUGGAUCUGCCCGGAGGGCUUCACCUUCCAUCAGGUGCACCUGAUCUGCAUGCCACCGUCCGGGGACAACAUCUGCGAGCAGUCGUCCAAGUAUCACUUCGUCAACGAUUACCUCUACAAGCCGAUCAACAUGGAGGAGCACAUGACCAAGCCUAACGUUACACUAAGGUAUUCGGAGCGUUACUAUCCGGAGAACUUCUACGUUGACGAGCGUCACUACGACGAGGAGCGUGUCCUGCGCCAGCACGAGGAGCGCCACCAGCCCCAGCAGCCGAUCAAGCAGACGUACCACCACCAGCCCCAGCAGCAGACGAUCCGCAAGCAGCCGGUGUACGCCACGACGCCAUCUUCCUAUCGGUUGCCGUCCUCGCCGCAGCCCACCCACAGCGUGUACCGCUCGCCGGACGAGAUUAACAUCUCGCUGCAGCAGCGACGACCGGCCGCCCAGCCCGGCUCGUACAUUCAGUCCACCACGCCCCGCUACGAGGACGAGUCCGAGUACGAUAGCUACGAGCGGAAGUAAGUGCUGCCAGCACUACCGGCGCCAGUGUGCAAAAACAGAGAAGGGGAAAAGGGGGUCAGCCCCUUCGUAGUGGCCAGUUGAACGUCACUGCCAUGCAUGGAACGGGAAGGAAUCGCGUUGGAAAAUGAAGGAAAUCGUAGCGCGCCUCUUUUCUUGAUCGUUUGCGCGUGUGUUUGAGCGGGUUAGGUGUUAAGCUGUGUUUUUCGUUUUUAAACCAUCUUUUAUCGAUUAUCUUAAGAUAAGCCAAGUCAAAGAGUGAAACCGCCCAUUGCCAAGCCAGAGCGAGCGUGGAGGGGCAAGUUUCCAAUGUCAGAGGGUUUUCAACGGCUUCCUCCUCUGUCCGUCAUCCGUCAUCUUUACCGUGUUGUCGUUGUGGGAGAACUUCCGUUUUCACCUCUUUUCCAUCACGAGAACCUCGUGGCGAGAGUGAGUGUUUGUGUUUUUCUUCGUAUUAAGGUUGAAAUAAAGUAAAAUAUUUAUUUUUUUUCAUUUAUCGAAAAUA